AUGUUUUUCCUCUCGUGCGCUCCAGGACAGCAAACUUUGUUGCCAUGGAUUCCGCAGCACUUUCUCACUGCAAUUCUACCCGAAAUGCCUUUUGGAACUCAGUGUCAUGUCACAGUGAUAGUUUUGCGAGGACACAGUAGUUUUGGGGGACAUUAAGGAGCGCCGAGGAGCCUGAAGAUCCGCCGCUCUCCGUUUUCUCCAUUUUACGGCUGUCAAGUGUGCGCACGUGUUUUCCGAUUGUUUUUUUUAUUAUUAGUAUUAUUUCACGCGGGCUCUUAUGGGAAUUAAGCACUCGUCCCGCUGCAUGCUCCUCAGGAGAAAAAUGGCGGAGUCUGAGAGCAGCGAGCAACCACAGCGCCAGCCGGAGCCAAUCCGCAUCAUUACAUCCCAAUCAGUACAGCCCACUUCGUUGCCGAAGCCUGUCCCUUCCGUGCCUCAUCAUGCCCCCCGGCCUCCUGUCCGGCCUCACACACCCCACGCUGCCAGCCUUCCCAGCUGCCCCGGGCGGGGCAAGAUGGCAAAGUUCCUCAACCCAGAGGAGAUGACCUCCAGAGACUAUUACUUUGACUCUUACGCCCAUUUUGGGAUCCAUGAGGAAAUGCUGAAGGACGAAGUGAGGACGCUCACAUACAGGAACGCCAUGUACCACAACAAGCACAUCUUCAAGGAUAAAAUAGUUCUGGAUGUUGGAAGUGGGACUGGGAUUCUGUCCAUGUUUGCAGCCAAAGCAGGAGCAAAGCACGUGUACGGGAUUGAAUGUUCCAGUAUAUCGGAGUACUCAGAGAGGAUCAUCAAGUCCAACCAUCUGGACAGCGUGAUUACCAUUUUUAAAGGCAAGGUGGAGGAGGUGGAGCUUCCAGUUGAGAACGUGGACAUCAUCAUAUCUGAGUGGAUGGGCUACUGCCUCUUCUACGAAUCCAUGCUCAAUACCGUCAUCUUCGCCAGAGACAAGUGGCUAAAGCCGAGUGGAUUAAUGUUUCCUGACCGAGCAUCUCUGUACGUGGUGGCAAUAGAGGACCGGCAGUACAAAGACUUCAAAAUACAUUGGUGGGAGAACGUCUACGGCUUUGAUAUGACCUGCAUUCGUAACGUGGCCAUGAAAGAACCGCUGGUGGAUGUCGUGGACCCCAAACAGGUGGUGACCAACUGCUGCCUCAUCAAGGAAGUGGACAUUUACACCGUCAAGGCUGAAGACCUGUCGUUCACAUCAACGUUCUGCCUACAGAUUCAGAGGAACGACUAUAUCCACGCAAUGGUCACCUACUUCAACAUCGAGUUCACAAAAUGUCAUAAGAAGACUGGUUUCUCCACCGCUCCUGAUGCGCCGUACACCCACUGGAAGCAGACGGUGUUUUACCUGGAGGACUAUUUGACGGUGCGAAGAGGAGAGGAGAUCACUGGCAGCAUCACCAUGAAGCCCAACGAGAAAAACAUUCGUGAUUUGGACUUUACCUUCGAGUUGGAUUUUAAAGGACAGCUGUGUGAAGCAGCCAUAUUCCAUGAUUACAAGAUGCGUUAAAUUUGGUCGAGUCGUGACGUCCCCUCCAAUAAAAUCUCUUGAGCACCAGAGGGCACCAGAGACAAAUUUCAUGAGGACAGAGGAGAAAAUCGGAGAGAGAAGACCUGAGCAGAGGACAACUGGGCUGACAGCAGACAGCCAGAGGUGGUCCCAUGGACUAGUACUAGUAGUACUACUGUUACUGCAGUAUCCAAGACUCGAAGGUGCUGCUGCCGACUGUUAAAAUACUCUGAAUGUAACAGCGAGAAAAUGAGAUCAGCAACGGUUUUGGCCUUCAUGAUUGUUGCUGUGCAUACAACUGUUCUGUUCAGUAUUUCUUUUAGUUGUAAUAACUUGAGGUAGUUUGUAUUUCCUCAGUACUGCUCAUGUAAUGAAUUACUGUAAUAACCCUGAGGUAUUUAUUCAAUUUGAAAUUGUUUAUGUUCUUAUAAUUUGUAGGAAGUGAUGAGGGGAGAACACGGUUGCUUGUCACACGUCCUUUUCAGCAACAUUAUAAUAGGGUUUAAU